UUUUUUUUUCUUUUGUUUACAAAAUGCAAGCGAAAAUGUCAAGGAACUGGUCUGCGAGGGAGUUGCAAUUGUUCGUCCGCGCCUGGAAGAUUGCCGAGGUCGACUCGCCAAACAAUAUCAUUGCAGCGGCGCUUAAGAGCAAUGAUUUCUCGAGGACCACCGCCCAGAUAGAGCGAAAAAAACGAGAAUUCCUCCGUUCAUACGCUCUAAUCAGGCAACACAUGGACACUCUGGACAUCAUCCUAGGAGGUGACUGCACCAGGGAAGACCAAAAGGAUGGAGAACACAUCCAGGACCCAACAAAAGACACAACCGAGAAACCUGCAACCAAGGGAAACAAUGGCACAUGUCCAGCUCCCAACACAACUGAAGACCAAAGAGGUGCGAUGGCCGCAAAAAAGGAAAACACCCUAAAAUCGACGGAAAACAAGAGGUAA